GACCGGCGUCAGUUGCUCGGGGGUGGUCGUCAGCUGCUUUGGGGUAACAGCUCGGCCGUUGCAGGCACUGCUGCUGCUGCUGCUGCUGCUGCUGCUGUCAUUAGCAGAGGCACAGGCAGAAUCAAGACUGAAAGACAAGGCAGAAGAAGCCGGCCGGCUCUUUCUCGCUUGUCAGCUCUCCAAGUCCUGUCACGAUGGAGGUUCUACCCUGCCCAGUCACUGUUGACUUCUCCAACUACACAGGAGAGGAGAGGAGUAGCCCCGACUACGCGGACGACGAGUGGUGGUCGCAAUCGCACGGCGACGACGACGAGGAAGGCGCGGAGGCCGUACGUGCUCUGGCCCGGCGGCUAGAGGCCGAACUGCGGGCGGCCAAGACCGCUCAGCUGUCCCGCAGCGAAGUUCUGCUGCCCGCCGAUCUGCUGCCCCGCGUCGCGCGCUGCGUCCUGCACCAGGCCGACAGCGAGCCUUGCGGACUCAGAGGCUGCACACUUUUCAUUAAUUUCGAGACGGACCAAGAAUGCAGGCGAAUUGGAACAGUGAAAUGCGACCCCAGCACUGUUUCGACGUUCGAGCUCUUCUUGACUCUCAAACAAGACUGCAGUUCCUGGCAUUCAAUACUGCCACAGUUUCUCAAGAAUCUUGCGCGGCGUGGCACAAUAAUGAUCAGCCGGGACUUCACACUCACCAAGAAGAAACUCUUCCGUUCCUACUCAGAGUAGGGGAGUGUGAUCAUAUAUACAAGAUGAGAGCAAAGACUGAUUUCUCCCCCACUCAGGGCCACAAAUUACUAAUGCUGGGAGGAUCCCACCAGAUAACACUCACCCAGUUAAUUCCAUUGCGAGUAGGUGAUAAAGCUUUAUUGGGUAGGGCUGGCCAGAAUUUAGUGUCCAGUUUAUGAGAAUUGUCUUUCUUAUAAUGCAUAGUGCUAUUUUCAAAAGAUCUGCAUUAGUAGUAAUUUUUAUAGCUGUUACUAAUGGUCAAGAUGUAAUGUAACUUUUAAGAAACUGGGUGAUUAAUACGAUUACAAAUACUAGUGUACCUGCAGUACUUACUGGUGACGAAUUAAAUAAGGGAGAUUGUGAUGUACUGUGUCAUUGUGGUGUCGAAACUCUUGAUAGCCACAGCAAUAUCUGCAUGUGAUUAAAGUGUGAUGAACAAAUACCUAUAAUUAAACAUAGACAUAGUUUUAAAGUAAUGUUCAAAAAUUUUCAAGUAUAGAUGUUCUAGAAUUUUUCUGUAUUCUACAGCACCAUAUUUUAAUUAAACAGUUUCUGAUGUACUGAUAUAGAACCCUUCAUCACACUAAAAAAAAAAAAAAGCAAUUUUUCCUCAUAAUGUGAUCUGAUUGUUUGGUAGUGCAAAGUGGUUUUUGGUGUGUGGCACUGACAUCAAUUGCCUUUCAAUUUAUUUGCUGCUCAUUACGUUUACUGUAUCAGUAAAUGAAAUGAUAACAGUAAGAUAUACUUGCUUUAACUAUCCUUGUCUUCCAUUAUUUUGUUCAUUUUUCAGAUUUGUUUAUGUAUAUGAAAUGUUUAAGAUACAUACUCAUUUGUGACAGAUCUUUAUCUAGUUGGAUGUAUUUAUUUUCAAAAUUAAUUUGUUGUGAUUUGUUUGUAUAUAUUCAUGUUUGCUUCAUUUAUCUUUUGCUCAUUUGAGCUCAAAGGACUGUGAAAUGAGAGGUAUCUGAUUUAAACAUUUUGUAUAUUUGGAAGCAAGGAAAAGUUGGCAGUUAAAAAAGUCACAUAAAUGAUUUAUAUUAAAGAUAUAUAUUUAUCCAUGCAGAUAAAUUUUAUAUUUUAAAGCUAAACGAUGUGAUAUGUUCUCUUAUAUACAGUGUUUGCCGGUGAGAUAUUUUUGUGAUUAUGAUGAUAAGAAAAAGUGAUCAGAAAUUCUUGGUGAUUUUUCAUGCGUUAGCAUUUGUCAAAUUGUUUUGGAGCUGUUGUCAAAAUUGUGAUUUUUUCAAUAACUGAUUACUUGACUGGAUACUGGGGGACCUCCAACCUAUAAUGUACAAAGCUUUCAGCUCAUAGAAUCAGUUCAUUGUUCAUGUACUUUGUCAUCAUUUUUGAACAGUAUUUGUUUGUAUUUUUUCACAAUACCAUAUACAUUUUCUCAUCAUCAUGCAUUUUAUUUUGUAAGAUCUUUUUAGUGAUUGUAGUCUUUCAUGUAUAGAAGAGUUUGUUAAAAUAGACUCCAGUGGAAUAUGAUUUUAUACUAUGAUGCCACUUCAUAUUUGAAAAAUAUUAAAUAUUUUUCUUUAUUGCAA